UCCGAUCCAAAGGUGAAGGCAACUUUUGUUACAUUGUGCCGUAAUUCAGACUUGAAUAGUUUAGCUGAAUCGAUUAGAAGUGUUGAAGACAGAUUUAAUCACAAGUUUCAUUAUGAUUGGGUUUUUCUUAAUGAUGACGAAUUUACAAAUGAGUUUAAAAGAAUUACAACCAAUUUAAUAUCAGGAAAGACUAAAUAUGGCAAAAUAUCUAGGGAACAUUGGGGAUAUCCCAAGUGGAUCGAUCAAGAACAAGCGGCAAGAACUCGCGAAAUAAUGAGAAGCCAAAAUGUUAUUUAUGGGGACUCGAUCUCUUAUAGACACAUGUGUAGGUAUGAAUCCGGAUUUUUCUAUAGACAUGAGUUAAUGAUGGAUUAUGAAUGGUACUGGAGAGUUGAACCUGAUGUUAAAUUAUACUGUGAUAUCAAUUAUGAUUUGUUUAAGUUUAUGAUUGACAACAAAAAGAAAUAUGGAUUCACAAUUGCAUUGCCAGAAUAUAUUAAAACAAUUCCCUCGCUAUGGAAAGUUACAAAGGAAUUUAUUAAACUUCAUCCAGAGUAUUUGCCAGAAAAUAAUAUGUUGGAUUUUAUUUCUGAUGACGAUGGGGAAACAUAUAAUACAUGUCAUUUUUGGUCAAAUUUCGAGGUGGGAUCAUUGAGUUUCUGGAGAGACGAAGCAUACUCGAAAUAUUUCGAUCAUCUUGAUAAAGCCGGAGGAUUCUUUUAUGAACGAUGGGGAGAUGCACCAGUACACUCAAUAGCAGCCGCAUUGUUUUUGCAACGAGAUGAGAUCCACUUCUUUCAGGAUGUUGGGUACUACCAUGUUCCCUUCCACAACUGCCCAGUGGACGAAGAGGUGAGAAUCAAAAACAACUGUCUCUGCAAUCCAGACGAUGACUCCACCUGGCGUCCCUACAGUUGCGCACGCAAGUUCUUCGACGUGAACAACAUGAAACGACCCUACGGCUGGGAGAACUACUCC